GAGUAAAGAUCAGCAAACAUUCAGGAGGAUUAACACACACACACAUACACACACACACACACACACACACACACACACACACACACACACACACACACACACCUGCUUCACAUCAAUUGAUCAAUUGAGAAUCUUUUGGAUUUGAAAGUGAGUUUGUUCAGCAGCUACAGUGAAUCAUUCUGCUACUCCUGAAGUGUCCUCUUAAGACAUUUUGGUCUCCUGAGCUGAUUAAAGUGACAGGACCACAGAUGGAGAAUCCUGCUUUCGAGAAGUCUAAAGACGAUCCUCCACUUUACGAGGAGACAUCGUUUUCUGCUAACGGUUAUGGAAACAUGGAGCACCGCUCCAUCAGACCUUCAGUGGUGAGUGCGUUUGGCCACGACACGCUGGACCGAGUGCCCAACAUCGACUUCUACAGAAACCCUGGGAGUGUGAGCGGCACGCGAGCCAUCAGACCCUCACUGCAGGAGCUUCACCAGGUCUUCCACAAGAAUGGAGAUGUGGACGUCCCUGACACACUGGAUGGCAGUGAGGGGAGCGACGUGGUACCAAGUGAUGAUAUCGAAGCCCCUCCACCUCCAGAAAAUGCUGAGGGUAUGGUUAAAUUUGGCUGGAUUAAAGGAGUUUUGGUGAGAUGUAUGCUGAAUAUUUGGGGUGUGAUGCUUUUUAUUCGUCUUUCAUGGGUCUUUGGGCAAGCAGGAUCAGGUUUGGGGAUUAUAAUCAUUUUACUCAGUAUGGUCGUCACCACACUCACCUGUCUGUCCAUGUCAGCUAUCUGCACAAAUGGAGUAGUACGAGGAGGCGGGGCGUACUAUCUGAUCUCACGCAGUCUGGGUCCGGAGUUUGGCGGCUCGAUCGGUCUGAUCUUUGCUUUUGCUAACGCCGUCGCCGUAGCGAUGUAUGUGGUGGGAUUUUCUGAGACUGUGGUGGAUCUGCUGAAGGCAAGUAACGCCAUCAUGGUAGACGAGGUAAACGAUAUCAGGAUCAUCGGCUGCAUCACUGUGGUGCUUCUGCUCGGGAUCUCAGUAGCCGGGAUGGAGUGGGAGGCCAAGGCUCAGAUUGUGCUGUUGGUGAUUCUCCUGGUUGCCAUAGUGAAUGUGUUUGUGGGGACAGUGAUUCCCUCCACCAAGGACAAAGAAAGCAAAGGCUUCUUCAGCUAUCAAGCAUCCAUAAUGGCCGAGAACUUUACUCCGGCCUUCCGGGACGGGGAGACGUUUUUCUCUGUCUUUGCCAUCUUCUUCCCGGCAGCGACAGGAAUCCUAGCAGGAGCGAACAUUUCUGGAGAUCUGAGGGAUCCUCAGGAUGCAAUUCCCAUUGGCACACUGCUGGCCAUCAUCAUCACAGGACUGACAUACCUUGGCAUUGCGCUGUGUGUGUCUGGUACAGUGGUGCGAGAUGCCACAGGGAACAUAAAUGACACCAUCACUCCAGGUUCCAGCUGCAACUUCUCUUCUGCUUGUGAUUUCGGCUAUGACUUCUCCACAUGUGCAGACAAUCCCUGCAAAUAUGGCCUGAUGAACAACUUCCAGGUGAUGACAAUGGUUUCUGGGUUUGGACCCCUCAUCACUGCAGGAACAUUCUCUGCAACCCUUUCUUCUGCACUCGCCUCCCUCGUCAGUGCUCCAAAGGUCUUCCAGGCUCUGUGUAAGGACAACAUCUAUAAAGUGCUGCAUUUCUUUGCUAAAGGCCACGGCAAAAAUAACGAACCCCUCCGAGGCUAUGUUCUAACCUUCCUCAUCGCUGUAGCCUUCAUCCUCAUUGCUGAGUUGAAUGUCAUCGCUCCCAUCAUCUCUAACUUCUUCUUGGCCUCCUACGCCCUCAUUAACUUCUCCUGUUUCCACGCCUCCUACGCUAAAUCCCCAGGUUGGAGGCCGGCGUAUAAAUACUACAACAUGUGGCUGUCUCUGUUUGGGGCCGUGUUGUGUUGUGCUGUGAUGUUCGUCAUUAACUGGUGGGCUGCACUUCUUACGUAUGCUAUAGAGAUCUUCCUUUACCUUUAUGUCACCGUCAAGAAGCCAGACGUGAACUGGGGCUCCUCAAAACAGGCCGUGACCUUCAUUAACGCUGUAAACAACACGCUGGUUUUAUCAGGAGUGAAUGAACACGUAAAAAACUUCAGACCUCAAUGCAUCGUGUUGACCGGAUCCCCUAAAACUCGCCCAGCUCUGCUGGACCUUGCUCACUCCUUCACUAAAAACUUUGGGCUCUGCAUCGCCUGUGAAGUGUUUGAGGGUCCUCAGCUGGAGCAGCAGCAGGAGCUCAGUGAUCAUAUAGAACAGAAUCAGUUGUGGCUCAAUCACCAGAAGAGGAAAGCGUUUUAUGCUGCCGUGGCAACCGACAGCUUUUGUGAUGGAGUAAAGAGCAUGUUACAGGCAUCAGGAUUGGGAAGGCUUAGACCAAACACACUGAUGCUGGGCUUUAAGAGAGACUGGAAGGCGGCAAGCACUAAAGAUGUGCAGGCAUAUGUCAGAGUGCUGCAUGAUGCAUUUGAUUUUGAAUACGGAAUGGUGUUACUGAGGGUCAGUCAGGGACUGGACAUCUCACACAUCCUCACAGCUGAAGAGGAGAUGGAGAGGAUGCUCCUGGAGCAGCAGGCGUUGGAGAUGGAGGAGAACGUCUUUCAGGAAGGAGGAAAAGGAUUUUUUAACAAAUACAGAAAGUCUAAGAAAGCGCUGACUCCUAAAGUUGUAGAAGUGCCCCACACAUCUGAUGUUUUGAAGAUAAACCAGCGUUUAAUGGAGGCCAGCUCUCAGUUUAAGAGGAAGCAGGGGAAAGGAACCAUUGACGUGUGGUGGCUGUUUGAUGAUGGAGGUCUGACUCUGCUACUGCCGUACAUACUGACCACCAGGAAGAAAUGGAGAGACUGUAAACUGCGUAUCUUCGUCGCGGGACAACCGGAACGCAUACAGCAAGACAAAGAAGAAAUGCAGAGUCUGCUGAAAAAAUUCAGGAUCAGAUGCACAGACAUAACAGUCAUCACGGACCUUCACAUCAGGCCCACUUCAGAAAACUGGAAGCUGUUUGAGGACAUGAUCACACCCUUUCGGCUGUAUGAGGGUUCUAAGGACACGGCUCAGGCUGAAGCUCUGAGGAAGGAGAACCCCUGGAAAAUCACUGAUGCUGAGCUGGACCGCUUCGAGGAGAAGACGACUCUUCAGGUGCGUCUGAAUGAGUUACUACAGGAGAGCUCCAGGGCCGCUAAACUCAUCAUAAUGAGCAUGCCCAUUGCACGUAAAGGUUGUGUAUCUGAUCACCUGUACAUGUCAUGGUUGGAGAUUCUGACUAAAAACCUGCCUCCCACCCUGCUAGUGCGCGGAAACCACAAGAGUGUUCUGACCUUCUACUCAUAAUGGUGUUGCACUUACACUGUUGUCUCAGGAGUGUCUUUAAAGUGCAGAUAAUAUGUAGUGUGUACGACUCUAUUAGCCUUUUGAUCACUUUCUCUUAUGACACUAAAUGUAGAUUAUUAAUUUUAGCUCCUCUAAUAAACAGAAGUGAAGGAGUGUGUGCACUAAAACACAGGAAUGAGACACAACUUCUGAUCAACACACUACUGCUGAACUCUAUAGCAAUAUUGUGUGUGUGUGUGUGUGUGUGUGUGUGUGUGUGUGUGUGUGUGUGUGUGUGUGUGUGUGUGUGUGUGUGUGUGUGUGUGUGUGUGCAGCAGGUUAUAA